GCCUUGCGCCGGGGACCGCGGGCUGGCGGGGAAGGCUGGGAGCCCCGUGGGACCGCGACGCUGGGGAGGCGGCUGCCCUUUCCGGGGAGGGAGGGACCGAGUGGAUGCCCUUGUCGGGCGGGAUGGCUUUGCGUGCUGCGCGCCCGAACACACCCACCCACGUACGGGCUGGAGCGUCAGGCGCACCGCUGGAGGAUGUGAAGGUGGCGCAACGGGUCGGAAGCCGCGAAGGGCCCGGGGAGAGGAGGAUGAGCGCCUUCCCUUCCCUCCCGGGGCUUCGGAACGGUGGGUGUGAGCGGAGCCGGCGGUUCCAGGGCGGGGUGAAGGCGGCGGCUCCGGUCGGGGCUUUCCAACCCGCGAAGAAACCCCAACAGGUCCGGGACGCCCUCGCGUUUGCCCCCAGGGAAGCGGGCGCAGGGUCGGGGCUCGCGUUGGAAAAGUUCCGUCUGAGCCAGCUUCUCUCCUUUCCUUCCAAGCGCCUGUUUCUAGAGGGGCCCAGGAAAUUGCCCCAGGUUCAGAGGGACUGGCGGCCAAGCGGAUCCGCAGAGGGUACCGGUGUGUGGCCUUACUUCUCUUCCACUCCACUUUUCCAGCCGAUCCGUGAGGGAUGUUAGUAGUGCCCCGGAAUGCCUUAUGUAGAUCGUCAGAAUCGAAUCUGCGGAUUCCUGGACAUUGAGGAUAAUGAAACCUGUGGAAAGUUCCUGCGACGGUAUUUCAUCCUGGACACCAAAAUCAACAGCCUUCUGUGGUACAUGGACAAUCCUCAGAACCUGGCAGUAGGCUCGAAAGCAGUAGGAUCUUUACAACUGACCUACAUCUCUAAGGUCAGCGUGGCUGCCCCCAAACAAAAGCCGAAAACACCGUUCUGUUUUGUUAUCAACGCCUUGUCUCAGCGCUAUGUCCUGCAAGCAAAUGACCAAAAAGAUCUGCAAGACUGGGUGGAAGCAUUAAAUACUGCCAGCAAGAUUACGGUACCGAAGCAUGGAAGUUUGUCCCUAGCCACAGAAGUGGGAAGGCACCCAUAUAAGACGGAGAUCAUUGGUGGAGUAGUUGUGCAGACACCCAUCUCGGCCAAUCAGAAUGGAGGGGAUGGGUCUGAAGGCAGUGAGCUCGCAUCUCACCCUUUGUUGAAACGGUCCCAGAGUUACAUUCCCACCACCAAAACACCGGUUGGACCACUAGUCCUCAAGAGCGGUUAUUGUGUCAAGCAGGGGAACGUGAGGAAGAGCUGGAAGCGCCGUUACUUUAUGUUGGAUGAAACUUCUGUCAGUUAUUUCAAAUGUGAGCAGGAUAAAGAACCCUUACGGUCAAUCUUCCUGAAGGACGUGCUGAAGACUCAUGAAUGUCUCGUCAAAUCUGGUGAUCUUCUAAUGCGGGAUAAUCUCUUUGAAAUUAUAACAAGCUACCGGACCUUCUAUAUCCAGGCCUACAGCCCUGAAGACAUGAAAAGCUGGAUCAGAGAGAUCUCAGGGGCAGUGCAGGCAUUAAAGAGCUGCCCCAGGGAAAUGUCUUUGGUGAGAUCAGUCUCAAUGGAUAAACAAGGAAGUCCCACCUCGUCCAGCUCCACCACGUCAUCCAUUGCAUGGCUAAAGCAGCGAGGAGAGGAGUCCAGGGUUGGUAACAAAGGUCCCGCCACUUCUUGCUGGCUGCCGUGGAUGCCUGUGCCACAGCUGGAAGAGAAGCACCAGCCGGUAUCAAAAGGGAAGGCUGACCAGCUGAGCAACUCUGAGUUUACCCCUUUGUUUGCUGGAGAUGCUGGAGACACCCAGGUCAGGCGUCUCCGGCACAGGUCAGAACCCCAGAACUUCAAAGAGCACCGCUUUCUGAUUGAUUUGGAUGAUGAAAACAUCCGAACCUCAGAUGUGUGACUGCGCAGCGAGGUGGAAGUUGCCAGGAAACAGGCAAUCUAAGGGUGGGAUGUUCUAGAUGAACACUAGCUAGCUUGCACCUACUCCAGAUGCUGAGAUGGAAUAGAUUUGUUUGCAGUGCAACCAACUUAAAGCUGAGAAGGACCUACGCUUAUGUGGGGACUGCGUGCCCUGCCGGAGCCUUCUCAAGACCAAGCAUAAUUCAGAGGGCGCCAGAACGUUCAAGAUGGUCCUGUUUCAGGUCUGUUGAGGAUGCAGAAGUAUGCAAUGGAGGCCACCCCAUUCUCCAUGAGACGCUGUUCAUUCCACUAUCAUUGCUUCCUGUCUAGUGAAGGGAAGGCCAUAUCGUUCAUUUGGAGGCCUUGAUAAACAUGAUGCUUUCCUGUCUGUGUGCUUGUGCAAAAAGGCUUUUCUAUAUGAGAGUUAGCUGGACCAUACAGCAACAAAGUAUAUGUACCCUUCCUGUUCCGGUAGCAACCACAGUGUGGUUUUGCUUGAUCAGUGGAUGAGUUGAAGGCAGCUCAUCCUGCGUUUAUGUCCAAAGCUUAAACUAUGACUUGGAAGAGAGCUUGGAAUACUGUUCAAGAAUACUGUGCCGAACAAAAAAAAAAAAA